CCUUGGAAACCUUGAUCUGCUGUCAUCUCCAACAACCCUACCAUGAAUGCCUUCUUGCUCCUCAGCCUCUCAGUACUGGUCUGCUGGGUUUCAGCUGACGUUCGAUGUCAUUCCUGCAACAAGUUCCCUGUGGUUGGCUGUGUGGAUCGAAAAUCCUGUCUCCUGGAAAAAGGACAUCAGUGUUUGUCCACAGAUGUCUACCUAGGUAGGAUGUGGCUUUACUCCAAAUAUCGGUGCGGUACGCCUGAGGAACCCUGUAUAGAGGGCAUCAACAGGACCAAUGAAUUAACCUACAAUACCACUUGCUGCUUCAGAGACUCCUGCAAUAGCUUUGCACCCCGCCCUUCUCCAGCCCUGAGCCUCAGCCUCCUCACCUCUUUUGCUGGCCUUGGCUUCUGGCUUCUACACUGAAACUCAACAGUUUGCUCCGCCCCACAUCCCACCCUCACAUCUUCCCACUUAACUAUAUGCUUAACUCCUUACUCUCCCUGGUCCCUCUAGAGUGUCUCCCUAUAUUCUGGUGUUGUGGAAAUAGUACUGAAUUGGGAGUUAGAAGUCCUGGCUUUCUCUUACUUAUCACCCGUGUGACCUUGGCCUCUCAGGAUCUCGGUUUCCUCUGUAAAAGUGAGAGGGCAGGGGACAGCUAGGUGGCUCAAUGGAUAGAGCACCGGCCCUGGAUUCAGGAGUACCUGAGUUCAAAUCUGACCUCAGACCCUUGACACGUACUAGCUGUGUGACCCUGGGCAAGUCACUUAACCCCAAUUGCCUCACCUAAAAAAAAAAAAGUGAGAGGGUAGGACUAGGUCAUUUCUAAAGUUUUUCCCAUGUUGAAAUGUUAUGAAUCAUGUAGUUUAGUUAAUGACCUUUCUCGAGACUUCUCUUUCUCUCUCAUCUCAGUUUUCUCCCAAUUGUUUCCCAUGGUCAUGGAAAUGUAGAAUGUUUGAGCUGUAAUGGACCUUUCCCUGUUUCACAGAAUUAUCUCACUCCAAUUCCUUCACCUCCCCUCAUGGUUAUCCCCUACUUCCAUUCUUCUACCCAGUUCUCUUCCCCAACAGGGUUUUUCCAGCAGGGAGACUGAAGUCUGGACCUGAAGUGGAGUUGUUACACAAUCCUCAAUAUAGAUUCUAUGUGGGAUGUGAUGGUCCUUUCUCUAGGGUCUGAUUCCCUGAAACCUGGCAACAGUGCCACUCCCCAGUACCACUUCUGACUCAUGACUAGCCCUGUUGAAAUAAAUGUCUAUUUU